UAGAAGCAUUUCUCGGUCAGCUGCAUGCUGAUACGGAAGGCAAUAUAACGAUCUCACCUUUGCUCUAAAAAAUAAAAAAAGUUAUAUCAUAAACAAUGUCAGUGUCGUACGCGGUUUCCCGCGUUCUAAGGCGCGCGUCGCCGUUCCUUUUUCAAAAAAGAUACGAAUCGACAGUGGCCAGUUUGACGAAAGAUGAAAUAUUGAUACUGCUGAGACCUCCUUUCACAAAUUGGAGCAACACAAUUAGGGACGCAGAGAAAGUCGUCGGAUAUCCGACCUCUUUUAUGAAUUUAAGAUGCUUGCUGAGUGACGAGUUCGCUAAUCUGGCGCUGUAUCUGAGAAAAUUGGUCGGUAGCAAUCACCUUGUGAUGCAGACAGCUAAGAACGUUCUCUACGGUGACUCUAAAAACCUUCAACCCUGGGGGCUCAUCAUCUUACUGCUCUCCAAAUCGGUGAAGACCACCUCAACACUGCCGGUGAAGAAAGUCGAAGAACAGCAAAGGAUAUUAGCGGAACUAACCGAAAUGAUCAGAACGGGACACUUAAUUCACCGGGGUAUCGUGAAUGUACCUUUUGCGAAACGUUCCAAGAAUACAGAAUCAGCAAUUUUCGGGAAUAAAAUUGCUCUUCUGCUCGGUGAUUACUUGCUAGUUACAGCAAACGGUAUGUUAGCUGGUCUCAGGAACUCUGAUGUGUCCUAUAUUAUAUCUACGGCUUUAAAAGAUCUAUCCGAAGGCGAAUUCUUCGGGGAGAGAGAUGAACAGAACAUGCCUUUGCCAGGGAAACCUAAAACUUCAGGUGAGGAUUACCAGAUCACAUUCGAUACUACAUCCAUUAGUGUCGAUCAAGUAAUUGGUAAACCUAGAAGAGAAUGGACAGCUAGAACUGUUUUUAAUGGCGUCAGCUUAUUAGGAAGGGGAUGUCAGGCGGCUAUGGUGUUGAACAAACAGAGUAAAGAGAUGGAGAACUACGCAUACCAUUUCGGGUGCCAUGUGGGUUUAGCUUGGCAGGCUGCUACAGAACUUCAACAGUUAACAUCAGACAGUAAAGACCAGUUUUGCUUAGCAAGCGCCCCUGUGCUCUUCGCGUUGGAAGGCAAUCCGGAUUUGUAUAAAAUAAUUGAUCAAGGCAAGAAUGAUAUUAAGGACGUUGAUUAUGAAGAUUUGAAGUUUAAUAUAUUGAAAACAGACGCUGUUGAUAAGACGAAGAAACUUUACGAGGAUCACGCGAAGAAAGCAACUGCAUAUAUCGAAGGUAUGGGAGAGAACGAGUCUGUGGAUAUGAUAAAAAAAUUGAUCAAUACCUUCUGAUCUGGACAAGACUAUAGCAACAUCUUAUCAGGAUAAGAAGAUUUAAUUCCAAAAUAAAAAAAACCAGUAAUUUUUAUUUCAAAACUAAACUGAAGAUCCAAUUUUAAAGAAAUUUAUAAAGGACUAGUCUGAAAGUACGAGUAAAUUAAAAAAAAGGAAUUUUCCAAAUCGGUUUAUAAAUGACGAAGUUUGAUGCAACAAACAUAUAUUUAGAAGGGCCGAAUCGGCUUUGCUCGAGGUACUCUUUGUGAACUAAUCUUCAGCAAUUCACGCCAAUCACCAGAGCGAUUCUUUUGCUUGAGAUGUUAAGCGAAGACGCCAAAAUUGAUAUAUUUAAUUGUUCAACGGAGAAAUCGACAGAUUUUUUCGAGCUGUACUUGCUGUUGGCCACAGAUGACCUUAACAGCUUCACCGGGCGCGUGCAGGGGCGAGUGCAGAUGGCACUCCAAGCCGAGAGGAGAGUGACGAAGUAUUGACGAUAAAAAGUUCACAGAAAGGUCAUUGUUUUAUUACUCGAAUGCUAUGUAACAUAGAUAUAAGUAUUAUAAUAGCUAAAUGUUGUCGCAUUAGGCCAAAAGAUCUGUAAUGACAUUAUUGUAAUAAAUUAGUUAAUAUAUAAAUAAAAAACCGAA